AUGAUAUUGAUGGUUUCAUGGGUUUGCAUUCUCAUGUAUUUCAUGUAUGUGUACCUUUGUGAAGUUUCAUUGUUUCCAUUUUCCCUAAAAGUGCUUAAAAAAGGGUGUGUACUUAUCUGCACAUCCUAUAACUUGUCUACAGGUUACAAAAUUAUAUACAUGUCCUUUCACUAUAAAAAUCGCACGCCAACGUUGCCAAUGGCCGUGUUUUAUCUCAGCGAUUUAUUUGUAUACCUUUUUAUAUAUGCAUAAUCAAAUAAUCGUAUUUGAUUAACUUAAGUCAUAAAGCCUUUAUGUUUGAUUGAUCCUACACACUGUUUUGAUUGUUGAUACGACCUUUUCCUUUUAAUAAAUAUAAUAAGGGACAAAUUUAAUACGGAGCUAAUGCAAUUUCCUUAUAGAUUUACAGAACCCUUGGACAGGAAAAGAAAAAUAUAUAUAUGACUACAUUUGAUUGUCUGUGUGGCUUUACUUCUUUGGUUUUGUUUUGUUUUUGUGUAAUUGGGUAAUCUAAAGCCUGAUUACACAUCAGUGGAGAAAA